AUGACUCCUCGAGCACCCAUCUUCGGCAUGGAGACCAACCCAGGGGCCUACAACGGCACGCCAGCGGCACUCGCCGGCAGGGCGCUGGAGAACCAGACGGGCGAGCUCUCGGCGCAGCAGCAGUACGCCAUCGGGCUCUUCCUCUCCUGCCUCUACACCAUUUUCCUCUUCCCCAUCGGCUUCGUGGGGAACAUCCUGAUCCUGGUGGUGAACAUCAGCUUCCGGGAGAAGAUGACCAUCCCCGACCUGUACUUCAUCAACCUGGCGGCGGCAGACCUGGUGCUGGUGGCCGACUCCCUGAUCGAGGUGUUCAACCUGGACGAGCAGUACUACGACAUCGCCGUGCUGUGCACCUUCAUGUCCCUCUUCCUGCAGAUCAACAUGUACAGCAGCGUCUUCUUCCUCACCUGGAUGAGCUUUGACCGGUACCUGGCCCUGGCCCAAGCCAUGCGCUGCAGCCUGUUCCGCACCAAGCACCGCGCCAGGCUCAGCUGCGGCCUCAUCUGGAUGGCCUCGGUCUCUGCCACCCUGGUGCCCUUCACCGCAGCACACCUGCAGCACGCCGGGGACGUGUGCUUCUGCUUUGCAGACGUCAAGGAGAUCCAGUGGCUGGAGGUCACCUUGGGCUUCAUCAUCCCCUUUGCCAUCAUCGGCCUCUGCUCCUCGCUCAUCGUCCGGGCCCUGGUCAAGGCACACAGGCACCGGGGACUGCGCCCCCGGAGGCAGAAGGCGCUCCGGAUGAUCUUCACCGUGGUCCUCGUCUUCUUCAUCUGCUGGCUGCCCGAGAACGUGUUCAUCAGUGUGCACCUCCUGCAGCGCACGCAGCCAGGGACCGCACCCUGCCAACAGUCCAUCCGCCACGCGUACCCCCUGACCGGCCACAUUGUCAACCUUGCGGCUUUCUCCAACAGCUGCCUGAACCCCCUCAUCUACAGCUUCCUUGGCGAGACCUUCAGAGACAAGCUGCGGCUGUACAUGGAGCAGAAAACAAACGUGUCGGCCCUGAACCGCUUCUGUCACGCGGCCCUGAAGGCCGCCAUGCCGGACAGCACCGAGCAGCCAGAGGUGCGGUGCAGCAGCGUGGCCUAG